GGGUGGUGGUGGUGGUGUGAGUGUAUAAAAGGCGCGGCGCGGCGACGCCGUCACGGGGUUCCAGGAAGAGUCGCAGGAGGCGGCUCGCUCCGAGCGCACGCGACAUGGCAGCGGCUGCGCCCUUCAACAUCGUCCUCGCCACGGACUCGUACAAGGUGACGCACUACAAGCAGUACCCUCCCAACACGACCACCGUCUACUCUUACUUCGAGUGCCGCGGCGGGAAGCUCAACGGAGCCGUGGACGGCGAGGUCAAGUUCGGGGAGGUGGUCGUCUUCGGUCUUCAGUACACUCUGCGCAAGUACUUCGCAGGUCACGUGGUGUCGAGGAAGAAGAUAGAGGACGCGAAGGAGUUUUACUUGAAGCACUUUGGUCAACCUAUUUUCAACGAAGCUGGAUGGAUGCACAUCUUAGAGAAGCAUGAUGGGAAGCUGCCUCUGCGCAUCAAGGCGGUGCCGGAAGGCACCGUCGUGCCGGUCGGGAACGUCCUGUUCACCGUGGAGAACACCGACCCCGCCUGCUUUUGGCUGACCAGCUGGGUGGAGACGCUGCUGGUGCAGGCGUGGUACCCCAUCACGGUGGCCACCAACUCGCGCAAGCAGAAGGAGUACCUGGCCGUCUACCUGCAGGAGACGGCCGGCAGCCUCAAGGGCCUCGAGUUCAAGCUGCACGACUUUGGGUAUCGCGGCGUGUCGUCACACGAGUCGGCAGGCAUUGGAGGCGCAGCUCACCUCAUCAAUUUCUGCGGGACAGACACGAUGGCCGCGAACCUCUUCGCCAACGAAUACUACGGCUCGCCCAUGGCCGGAUUCUCGAUCCCAGCCUCCGAACACAGCAACAUCACGGCGUGGGGCAAGGAGAAGGAGAGCGACGCGUUCCGCUACAUCCUGGAGGAGUUCCCCGAGCUGCCCGUGUCCAUCGUGAGCGACAGUUACGACAUCAUCAACGCGUGCGAGCACAUCUGGGGCGAGGAGCUGCACGACUUUGUGAAGAGCACGCGCACCGCCGCGGCGCCGCUCAUCAUCCGCCCGGACUCUGGCGACCCCGUCGUCAUGGUGCUCAAGGUGUUGAACAUCCUCGGAGAGAAGUUUGGGACGACGACAAACGAGCGCGGCUUCAAGGUGCUGCCACCCUACCUGCGGGUCAUCCAAGGCGACGGCAUUGGCACGCACACGCUGGUCAAGGUGCUGCGAGCGCUGCACCGCGAGCGCUGGAGCGUGGAGAACGUGGCGUUUGGGGCUGGCGGCGCCAUCCUGCAGCGCGUCAACCGAGACAUCCUCAACUGCUCGUUCAAGUGCAGCUACGCGGAGAUCGCUGGUCAGGGGAUUAACGUGUACAAGAACCCCGUGACGGACCCGGGCAAGGCCUCCAAGCGAGGACGCCUGUCUCUGCACCGUACGCCCGACGGCUCCUUCCACACAGUGCAAGAGGGGCGUGGGGACCCCAACACCGACGUGCUGGUGACUGUGUUCGAGAACGGCGUGCUGAUGAGCGACUACCAGUUCGAGGACGUGCGGCAGAGGGCGGCGCUGAGCGACACGGAAAUGGAGCGGCUUCGCGAGAGCGAGCGGCAGCGCGUGUGGGAGGUGCAGGACGGGGAGGGGAAUGCGGCGUGAUGGGGGGGAGGGUCGCCACCGGAGUUACCCCCUGAACACCCACCCCCACCCGUACACACCACACCCCUACCGAACCCAACACCCACCCCCA